AUGGCACAGGCCUUCUCGUCGGUGCUAGAUAGUGCCUUUUCCUUAGACUCCGAGGUUGAUCAUCUCUCCCAGACCAUUGAUGAGAAGAGACUACAAAUGGUGAAACAAAAUCGAGAACUGGAAGAGCUCCAGGCCAAAAUCCGGGAAGCCGAAGAACGUUUAAAAGCGCGGCAGUCGGUUGCGAUGGAUGGAAGCAGGUCGAGAACCAAUACGGUCCACAAAAAUCCAGGAUACCACUCAGGAUCCACGUCCUCGGCAACGUCCCCAACGGAUACGGCAGGCCAGUAUUCCAGCGGUGAUGAACAGCAAUUGCGAGAUCACCGAAGCAGUUCAUGA